GAUUCAUUAAACUCAAGGUUCCGAGCUAAACGAGGGGAAUGUUCCGGAUAGGUACACAAAAGGUAUGUGUCUCUUAAUCAUACGACAGUUUUGUCGAAAACAUCUGUGUUCCUCAUAUCCUGCAUUUCCCGGAUGAGCCAGAUGGACUUCACUAUCUUGAAGUUUAAUCACUGUGGAAAGACAAUCUACACAUUUGACAAAAAUAGACUACAAGCAGAAAACACUGAACGAAAAUGUCCAAUCUGUCAGGAGCAUAUGAGAUUCAGUCUUCUCGAGGCACCUAUCAUAGUUCCUAGUCCGUUUAGUAAUGGACACAAGGUUCCGUGUGCCUUCCUCAUUGGAUCCUCGCUGGGACCGGCAUUCCUCAGUGAACUGCAAGACUCAGAGAUGCAUGUUGGAGUUACUAACUCCCAAGGUGUGGUCUACAGCUACACUUCUUCAGGCGUCCAGAAAGAGAAACAGGGUUGGGAACAGUGCCUCUGUGUCCCCCUGGUGGCACCUGGGACUGGCAGUGACAGCUUUGGGACACUGUGGGACAACAAGCUGGAACAGUUCUCCCUAUUGCCCAUCUGGUCGCCAAACAGAUUUGAAGAAGAGAGGGAGUUUGGUUCAUGUUGUUAUGGCUUUGCCUUGUCCUUACUAAACCAGCUGAGGAGAUCAGAGAGCAGAGAACUAAUAAGUAGGGAGGACUUCACACAGCAACAUGUCCUGCCAGUUGUGAAGAUGGCUUCCAAAUACAUCACAGCCUACCAAGAGAUUUAUCUACAUGGAUUCUACACUGCUCAUUAAUAACAUGCCUGUUUUUAAGGAUGAAGGAUCUUGUGAAGCCCUGGAAUUAGUAAUAAUUUGAUAAUAUCAAGGUAUUGUUAUUGGUCAGCACAGAUGAAUCAUCUGAUGACAUUAAGGCAUUGUUGUUGGUCAGCACAGAUUAAUCAUGAUGUUUUUAUGCUUUUUAAUGGCUAAAGCAAUGUGUAGUUAUCAGGGUAAUAUGCAGCUUGAAUGGAGUGCAAUGUGGGUGUUUCCCAAGAACCAGCAACAAGGUUAUGUCUAAUCUGAAGGAAAUAAGCUAUCAAUAAUUGUCCACCCAACACCACACUGUGUUAUUGACAACCACUUGUGUAAUUUGAGCUUGACUGAUUGUUAGUUUAAUGCUAUUUGCCAUCAGAGUGGCGUUCAGCUGGCUUUAGGUUACGGAUUAAAGUAAUGUGAGACCAACAGGACCCUUCAGGUUGAGCAUCCUCUUGGUUAUUACCUUUUUUUUUUCUGACUGUGCUUUUCUAUUCUAAACUCCCAGAGUCUCAAACUUCUAGAUUCUAAGUAUGGGCCAACCUUCUAGAAAUAUAAAUUGUUGAUAUAAUUCAUACAAAAAUGUAAGCACUCAAAAGUAUGCAUCUGUUCAAUGACAAAAUAAAUCCUGCAAUAAUAAAAUAAUUAAGGUCAUGAGAAAUAUUUCCACCACAAGGCACAAUUCUGGGCUAACCAGCGUUUCCAUUCUUCAAAUAAUUGUAGACUCUAAACUGGGAUUCUACAGAUAGUUAAUUUGCAGAUUCUUUACCAAAGAUGAUAUCUAUGAUCUUUACACUGAGCCAAUAGUUAAAGUUUGUUAAAGGACAGCUGAUGCUGUUCAGAGGGGCAUGGGGACAGGACAUGUCUACUGAUCAGAUGAGUUAGGGGCAGGCAGGUAGCUGC